AUGAAAUAUUGUUGUAAUAUAUUUCUUUUUCUUCCAGCAAAUAGUGCAGCUGCUGGUACUGGUGGUAUAUGGUUUCUUUCUUAUUUACCAUAUGCAUUUAUUCAACCACGUUAUGAAACAAUGACACGAGUAGCUAAAUUAGCUACAUGUAUGUUACAUAAUAUUGGUUUAGCACUUGGUGCUCAACUUAUUGGCAUGUUUGAAGGAAAAGGUACUGGUCUUCAAUGGUCAAUGUUUAAUCAAGCUAUAUCAGUAGAUGAUAAUUUUACAAUGGCAGAUGUAAUUAUUAUGUUCUACGUUGAUGCUGUUAUCUAUCUACUUCUUGCUUUAUAUAUUGAAAAUAUUUGGCCUGGACAAUAUGGAAUUCCAAAAAGUAUUUUUUAUCCAUUUAAAUUGAGUUAUUGGCGAGGAUAUACAAAGUCAAAAGUUCAACAAGUUAAUGAAGUAAUCAAUGAAUCGUAUAGAACAGGUUCAACAAGUUCUAAUGCAUUUGAAUCUACACCUACUGAUAAAGAAUUAGGUGUUCAACUUAUCAAUGUUUCUAAGACUUAUUCAUUUCUUUUCAAAAGUCGUCCAUCUGUUCAUGCUGUAAGUAAUCUUAGUAUGAAUAUCUACAAUGGUCAAUUGACAGCAUUACUUGGACACAACGGAGCUGGAAAAAGUACAACUAUAUCUAUGAUUACUGGUUUAAUACCGCCGACAGAUGGUCAAAUAAUUGUUAAUGGUUUUGAUAUAGCAACAUCAAUGGAUAAUGUUCGUAAUAUUCUUGGUUUAUGUCCACAAUAUAAUAUUCUUUUUGAUCAUCUUACUGUACGAGAACAUCUUAGAUUAUUUGCAAUACUUAAAGGACAUCCAUCAAAUGAUAUUGAUAAUGAAAUAACAAAAAUGGUUAAUGAUUUAAUG